AAGAGUCCACAGAGAGAGAGAGAGAGAGAGAGCUCACAAGCAUAUUUAUACUUUGCCUCAGCUUAUUCUUGGGUCAUUUGAACGGCUUCACUACUAGAGCGAGAGUGAGAGAGAGAGAAUGGGGAGGGCUCCGUGCUGUGAGAAGAUGGGGUUGAAGAAAGGCCCCUGGAACCCCGACGAGGACCGCGUCCUCAUCGACUACAUCCAGCGUCACGGCCACGGCAACUGGCGGAAACUCCCUAAACUCUCCGGAUUGCUAAGGUGUGGCAAGAGUUGCAGGCUCAGGUGGACGAAUUACUUGAGACCAGAUAUUAAAAGAGGCAACUUUAGCAGAGAAGAAGAGGACACCAUCAUCCACCUCCAUGAAAUGCUUGGGAACAGAUGGUCAGCGAUAGCGGCGAGGUUGCCGGGACGAACGGACAACGAGAUAAAAAACGUGUGGCACACCCAUCUGAAGAAGAGGCUAAGAAAGGAGCACGAGGCGGCGUCGCUUGGUGACGUCGCGUCCAAAAGGCGAGUCACGACGUUGCAAGCCGAUAACGAAGCAUGUGCUAAGCGCGAAAGCCCUGGUGGGCCAAUCCCAUUGCCUCAAACACAACAGAGCUCGAGCAGCACGUCUCUCUCCUCCACGAACGUGGAAGACAAUAAUGCCGACGACAACAAUCGCAAAGGGGGCGACGAUCGCAUCAAAGAGGAGGUUGGAAAUGCAAUCUCCGGGUUGAUGGACGAGAGGUUCUGGACAGAAUUGGUAUCAUCAGAUGACAACAACUCAGCCAUGAGUGAUGAUAUUCUCGCGGUGAUCAGUGAGUUCCAGUCGUCCCCAAGUUCAAACGUUGUUCCGUGGGACAUGAACGAUGGUGGAACGGUGGAUUGCUUUUGGUUUGAUCUCUUCAUAGGAGCUGAAUUAGGAGACGUCUAGGCGACAGUUGCUAAAAGAAUCAGUCGAUUUCUUCGUCUUUUUUUUGUUUGCAAAUUUUAACUCUCUUUUUUUUCUUUUUUUUUGCUUUUGGUAUUGGGUUCAACGUGCCGACUUGAGAAUCAUGAUUUUGAAGGUGACCAUUGAUGUUAGCGACCGGACUGACCAAUCAAUCAAAGUUGAAGCUUUCAAACUUGUCGGAGAGAACUUGUUGUAAAUGUACCGAACACACAUCAUCUGGAAUUGGAAAUGAAUGACCGUCCUGGACUAA